GUGCUUUGUUCCGUGAUGGAGUCGGGCUGUGGCUGGGGGGAACUCAUAGUGUCUAAUGCCUCCUUCCUUCAUCAGGAAAUGGAGCCCCUUGGGUGGAUUCACACGCAGCCAAACGAGUCGCCUCAGCUCUCCCCGCAGGAUGUCACCACCCAUGCCAAGGUCAUGGCUGACAACCCCUCUUGGGACGGGGAGAAGACCAUCAUCAUUACCUGCAGCUUCACCCCCGGCUCCUGCACACUGACGGCCUACAAGCUGACUCCCAGCGGCUACGAGUGGGGCAGGCAGAACACGGACAAGGGCAACAACCCCAAGGGCUACCUGCCUUCCCACUAUGAGCGGGUGCAGAUGCUGCUGUCGGACCGCUUCCUCGGCUUCUUCAUGGUGCCAGCGCAGGGCUCCUGGAACUACAACUUCAUGGGUGUCCGGCACGACCCCAACAUGAAGUACGAGCUGCAGCUGGCAAACCCCAAGGAGUUCUACCACGAGGUCCAUCGCCCCUCACACUUCCUCAACUUCGCUCUGCUCCAGGAAGGGGAGGUCUACUCGGCAGAUAGAGAGGAUCUCUACGCGUAGCCCCCGGCCCUGCAGAGACUCGGUGCUGUUGAUAUUCAACAGCGUGUUCCAGGCCCCGGGCCCAUGGCCGUCGGGGGCACUCUCGUCUUGUGUAGCUCGUGUUUGCUGCUUUUUAGAUGCUUCUGGGUCCAGUCCGUGACGGCAGCGCCAGUGCACUGUCUGUGCUAGUUUUGGAUGUUCUUUGUAGUUUCAGAGAAUGGCUCAAUAAAUUUUAUAUCCACGG